UGUGUAAAAGUUGCCUUCGACUUGAUUUUUACAACUGCUUUUAUUGUGUGUUAUUUUGUUUUUCUAUAUAUAGAUCGUUUUCGAUUUAUCGUAGUGUUUCUGGUAUAAUUUCAAAAUGCCAUCAAGUUUUUGCUUCACACAGAAACUCUCUGAUGAACCGGCGCGACUGCCUGGGCAGCAGCGGCUCCAGGAACUCUGCGCUCAAUCUCGUCCUGAGUCGCAUCAGAGGUGAGGUGGAGGAGGCGCAUGUCUACAGCAUUAUAAUCCGACAGAAUCGCAUGCGGGAGCUGUACGAGCGGGAUAUGGAGCUGGUGAGGCUGGAGAUGAAUCAACUGAGGGCGACGCAAGUGGUCAACAGGAAUCGCUUCAGAUCCACGCCGCUGGGCAUGGUCCCCAUUGCAGUACGGUAUAUUAACCAAAUUCCGGGCUAACCAGGCGGCGGGCAAUACCUUUCGGGGCAACAGUUGGCCAUGGAACGUGGGGUCUCGAGGUGUGUUGUUCGUCAAGUGAAGCGAAAUAAAUGUUUUAUUUGAUUAUUAAA